AUGCUGCGCUCAAAACUGUCAGAGGUGCAUUUGGAAGUGAAGCUUUUUGCUGAGUCAUUCGGAUGCACGGAAGAGCAUUGCAAAUGCGGAUGCAACCGAUUAGCCCACCCAGAGGCCUUCAGCGAUCUUGAGCUUGAAGCGAUGGAUUGCGCUGAUCUCGAAUGGAUGGGCCAUCCGUCCUCCUCGCUGCGACCAGAAUUCAAGGUUCCUGUGUCUAUCCACCGUGUGUGCCUCCAAGCUUUCGUGCCUGGCAAUGCCAGCGAUGGUUGUGUUCGCGUGCACUGCCAUUACAAUCCCAAGUGUUUGGGUGAAUACAUGUCUUGCGGUUUCUUCAAUGGCCAUAAGUUGUACAAGAACAAUGACGGAGCCCACAUCUUCUACAAGGAUGGCAAAUGGAGGAUCAAUAUAGAUGAAGCAACCGACGCUUGGAUCAUGUCUUCUCAAAACGACGUAAGCUCAGACACGCCCCCAACUGGGCUCUGGUUUGGCUCAGAUGCAGGCAUGUGCCUUGUGGACGGCGAAGAAGUUGCUCAACCAGAGGGUUCAAGCCUACAGAAGGCCAUUCAGAUGGUAAAGUCACAACUACGGGAGACCUGCUGCCAGGAAAGAUCUGCCCUGACAGACAUGCAGCAAGAGAUCGAGGACGUCCUCCGCGCUUUCAUCAAGAGUCCUGACCUAUCGUACCGGCAGCUCUAUUUUCAAGCGGGUAAGUACGAGGUGGGAGAGCGCUAUGACCCAAGAACGCAGCGCAAACAUUUCUCAACUGCCAUAAAGAUGGAGCUUAAGGUGCUUCACACUUCCUAG